ACUUGUCAUGACAAGUGCGUCGUAUCCACCUACACGAGUACUCGCAGUAAACAUCGACUAGUGACUUAUAUCAUAUAUACAGAACGGAUUAUCUAACAUGUAAAGUGUUGGUGAUGAUCUUCUGAUGUUCCUUAUGUUCUUGACAAAUCGACAGCGAGAGGGAAAGUUUUUGUGAUUAAGGUUUCUUGAAAUGUGUCGAAUUAUAUUUCUCCCUCUGGAAAGCUACAAGAACGCCGUGAGCAUACCGGAAACACAGAACAUAUAGGCUUGUCAACACAGGGAACACCUAUACACAUCCGUGAAAAUGUCUUUCUUAAGAAGGCUGCAAGACGGUAACGCAGUUACGCACCAACACGAUGGACCCCCUUGCACACCAGUGGAAACGCCAGUUUUUAGAGAGCUACGGGAAGGCAGGGGUGCAAGUGACAACGGAUCUAGACGAGAGCUACAGGAAGGCAGGGAUGCAAGUGACACCGGACCUAGACGAGAGCUACGGGAAGGCAGGGGUGCAAGUGACAACGGAUCUAGACGAGAGCUACAGGAAGGCAGGGAUGCAAGUGACACCGGACCUAGACGAGAGCUACGGGAAGGCAGGGGUGCAAGUGACAACGGAUCUAGACGAGAGCUGCAGGAAAGCAGGGGUGCAAGUGACAACGGAUCUAGACGAGAGCUGCAGGAAAGCAGGGAUGCAAGCGACACCGGACCUAGACGAGAGCUACGGGAAGGCAGUGAUGCAAGUGACACCGGACCUAGACGGGAGCAGCAACGUGAUGAGGCUUCUGACAGAACAGCAAGGCGAAUGUUUGAAGAACGCAGGAAGAUUGCCGAAAGCAAAGCCAGGCGGCGAUUACGCACACAGCGGACGUCACGGGAAAUAACUCCCCUUCUUUUGAAACACAAACGUGUCAUUGUUGGUACUGCCGUUGCAGUCGGUGCUGUUGUUGCACUGGCUGCCGUCGUAGGUAUUCUAGCCAGUAGAAACACUAAACCGAUAACAGCAACAACGACAACGACAUCAACAACUACAACGUUUCUGCUUCCAUCUCUGUCAAUGCAAAAUGUGACCUUCUUUGAGGGAGAAGAGGAUCUGUAUCUCCUGUGCACGAUAUCUGGUGACGAAGAAAUAUCCGAGGUCUUAUUUUUCAAAGAUGACGCUCAGCUGAAGGAUGGGUAUAGUAUUGACGUCAAUGGGAGGCAAUAUGCCCUGACAAAGAAAGGAGCCACGUGCUCGGACUCGGGAAAGUAUAUGUGUCGGGCGACUGGGGAGUUUGGAACCAUCUACACAGCAUCCACGGUAAAUAUAUCUGCGAAGCCAUGUAAACCUACGCUAAAAGAUGCAUGGCAGAUCAUUUUGAACAACAUUUCAAGUAAUCCAAACAGUAUGAAUCAACAGGGAUUUGAGGUGCCACAAGCGUGUAAUGGAACUUUGGUCGACGCUGAGAGAUGCUGUUACCUCAUAGACAAUGGGGGGAUAACUCUGCAUCUGAAAGGAUGUGAGAACUUCACCUUCACGGCAGACGUGUCUCCCUGUGACUGUACGGCUGACCGUGUGGCAGUCCCCAGACCCACCACAUACCCCGACAACUGUAACCUGUACUACACGUGUAGUGGAGGUGUCAAACAGGACGCCACGUGUACCGGAAGUGACUUCACUGCCGACCCCAGCAAGCAGGCGUGUACCGCCAAUCCAGAUGACAGCUAUUGUGCCAAGGUCAAAGCAGGUGAAAUCAAGGCAUGCUCAUCGCCCGCAGGAUAACACAGAGUGACACAGAGUGAGACAGAGUGACACAGAGUGACACAGAGUGAGAUAGAGUGACAAAGAGUGACAAAGAGUGACACAAGCUAACACAGACUGACACAGAGUGAGACAGGGUAACACAGAGUGACACAGAGUGAGAUAGAGUGACACAGAGUGACACAGAGUGAGAUAGAGUGACAAAGAGUGACACAGGCUAACACAGACUGACACAGAGUGAGACAGGGUAACACAGACUGACACAGGUUAACACAGAGUGAGACAGGUUAACACAGAGUGACACAGAGUGAGACAGGGUAACACAGAGUAACACAGAGUGAGAUAGAGUGACACAGAGUGACACAGAGUGACACAAAGCGAGAUAGAGUGACAAAGAGUGACACAGGCUAACACAGAGUGACACAGAGUGAGACAGGGUAACACAGACUGACACAGGCUAACACAGAGUGAGACAGGUUAACACAGACUGACACAGAGUGAGACAGGGUAACACAGAGUGAGAUAGAGUGACACAGAGUGACACAGAGUGACACAGGCUAACACAGACUGACACAGAGUGAGACAGGUUAACACAGAGUGACACAGAGUGAGAUAGAGUGACACAGAGUGACACAGAGUGAGAUAGAGUGACAAAGAGUGACACAGGCUAACACAGAGUGACACAGAGUGAGACAGGGUAACACAGACUGACACAGGUUAACACAGACUGACACAGAGUGAGACAGGGUAACACGGACUGACACAGGUUAACACAGAGUGAGACAGGUUAACACAGAGUGACACAGAGUGAGACAGGUUAACACAGAGUGACACAGAGUGAGAUAGAGUGACACAGAGUGACACAGAGUGAGAUAGAGUGACAAAGAGUGACACAGGCUAACACAGAGUGACACAGAGUGAGACAGGGUAACACAGACUGACACAGGUUAACACAGACUGACACAGAGUGAGACAGGGUAACACGGACUGACACAGGUUAACACAGAGUGAGACAGGUUAACACAGAGUGACACAGAGUGAGACAGGUUAACACAGAGUGACACAGAGUGAGACAGGUUAACACAGAGCGACACAGAGUGAGACAGGUUAACACAGACUGACACAGAGUGAGACAGGGUAACACAGACUGACACAGGUUAACACAGAGUGAGACAGGUUAACACAGAGUGACACAGAGUGAGACAGGUUAACACAGAGUGACACAGGCUAACACCGUCUUACACAGAGUGGGACAGGUUAACACAGAGUGACACAGAGUGAGACGUCCAACUAGCGUCAGAUCAGAUGUGAACACACCUAUAGCAUUACCAUGGUUGACAUCCAAGCACACACACGUGACAACACUCAUACGCAAUGUUUACAGGUGGCAUAUUUAUUAUCAUGUCGUAUUGUUGGUUUACAAAACUAAUAUCACUUUAUGAUGGAGAUUAUGAUGAUGUUGAUAAUAACAAUAAUAAUAAUAAUAAUCAAAUGUGAUUUUGCAUCAAAAUUUAAAUAUGAAAUGUAGAUUAUGCAAAGUAGAAUAGCAAUUGGUACUAUUGUCAAUAAACGGUUUCACAAUG